UAAAUUUAUUUAUGAUAUUAUUAAAUAGAAUAAAUAAAUUAUAUAUUUUUCUUAAAUUUAUAUAUUAAUAUAUAUAUUAGAAAUAUAUAUUCAUAAAAAUAAAUUUAUAUAUAUAUUAUCUAAAAAUUAAAUAUAUAAUAUAUUAAUUUUUAUAAUAUUUUUAAAUAUCAUGUUCCUAUUGCUCUACAAAUCGUUUUAUCAAAUAGUUUAAAGAAAUCAUACAACUUCUGUAGCAUACUGCUUGUAUAGCACAUUGCUACUAUUUUAUCAUCAACACUGCCAAUCAAGGCCUAAGAAUAAGCCAGUUCACCUACUUAAAACACGUUUUAAAAACAACGAGUUAAAGAAACAUGUCUAAAAUCCCCGAUUGAUUGCGAGUCUCUCCCAAUUCUCUCAAGCAGUCGUCCUUGACAAAUCUAGAUCUGAAGUUCAUAAUCAAAUUUAGCUGGAUUUGUUUGGUGGUUAGAGGUCUAAUGGAGCAGAUAGUUCUGGGGAUACUAGGAGUUUUGUUUCGGUGUUUCUUCUCCAACCUCCAUUACCUAUGUAUUUAUUAUUUCUGCAUCUUUUUAUGGUGCUUUUGAAGUGAGAACUUAGUUCUUCUAAAUACUGGGGUGGAACCUCCUUCCAGAAGCGGAUCAUGUGUCGUUUGGAUCUGAUUCUGCUUUCAUUUUCCCUUUUGUGUGGUAUUUGUUUUUCAUGGAGGUUUUGGGAUCUGAAUCGUCAAUCCCGACUAUCUACUUGAUUUGUAUUUUGUAGUUCAGUUUGUUCAACGGUAACACAACUGAAGCUAACUCGAGAUAAAAUUGAUCAUGGUAACUGAAGAAGAAAACGUAUCUAAACUAUGAGAAUUAUUGUCGUAAUUUUUUUGAAGGUAUUAGAAGUAUGUUUGCUAUUGCUGGAACGGAAACACCUAAUUCACAUUAUUUUCGAAACAAAACCACCUUGGUAUUGCUAAUGUGUCAUCAGCUUUCCUAUUUUCCGGUGUGAAAAGACCAUUAGUUUUUCAUUAUUUGUCAAAUUUUCGAUGUAAAUGUUACAAAUCAGUUUUAAUAAAACAGUGUUUAAACAAAAAGGCAAGUUAAUGUUCAAAAAUCUAUAUAUAUAUAUAUAUAUAAAAAUGUUGGUCUCACUCCUGUGCUGCCACCUCAGAAAUUCGUUGCUUGAGGAGGCGACACGUGUCCAAUGCAGGCAAAACUCACCGUAUCACUAAUCCAAAUAUUUCCGUCUGCUUCGUUACCCGUUUGUAACAUUUUUGGGCUUUAGGUCAAGAAUAUUAGUUCGAGCAGCUCUAACCCUCGCUAAGCGUCUCCAUCUGAAUUUUAGGGUUCUUCCCAUUUGUCUAUCUAUGUCAUUGGGUAGACUGAUUUGCUUAAGUCGGUGUGAUAAUUUUGCCAGUGGUUCUCCGAUCAACCGCAAAAGAAAGCCGAUGUCUAUGUCAUAUCGAUUGGAGUUCUUAUCACCGGCCAUCGGCUUUUUGGCACCGUUGCAGAAUCUGUCUACAUUCAAGCAUUGUCAUUAACGCUCUCAUUAACACCAUCUCCCCCACUCCUCGCAAGAUCUCUCAUUCAAUACAUCCCCUCCUCCCCAUUGUGUGAUUCUACAAUUAUAAAUAUGUGAGUUUCUAUCUGUGAAAUUAUCAGUUCUCAUCGUUCUCACAUGUUACGAUGUUCAUUGUUGAUUGAAGCUUAAAGGUUUGUUCAUUUUAAAUCUCAACACUUUCCUCUGUUAUUUUCAGUGUCUAUCUCUUUUAUUAUUUAAUUUACUCAUGUGUGCAGAGAAAAGACUUUCUCAGUUCACUAAUAGAUCAUGUUCACGAUUCUUGCUGUAAAUAUUUGGAGUUUCUCUUCUGAAUUUGACGGAACCAAACAGUUGUGGUGGCGGAAUGGUCGGUGUUGGUGGAACUACUUCCGCCACCGGCUACGCUUCUCCAAACGAUGUAGGUGACUACUACCUCAAGUCUCGCGGCUUCAACGGCCUCUUCUCUCAGAUCGAGGUCCCUUUUUUAUUACCUUCUUCUUCUUUUUUGAAACUAAGAUUUGAAUUCUCAAACUUCCAUUGUUCUGCUUCUUUGGCUUGCUCGCAGUUAUCGUUCUCUGAUUCCAGUUUACGAGACCGCAAAUUGAUGUCAAAGAGCGAAGCAAUGGUUGUUGUGUAUACUAAAAAAGAAAGAGAUGGAAUACUUUCUGAACUCUUCCGUAGUGAGGUUGUUUUGAAUUCUCUGAAUCCUAAAUGGAUUAAGAAGCUCACACUCUCUUAUCAGUUCGAGCUUUUCCAGACAUUGCUGUUUCGUGUGUGUGAUAUUGACACUCAGUUUCAAAACUCAAGGGAUGAAAUGCUUAAGCUCGAUGAGCAGCAGUUUCUCAGCGAGGCAACCUGUACAUUGUCUGAGAUGGAUGUUCAAUCUUAACCAACUAUAGAAACUCUUAAUGUUCAGUGUGAGUAUAUGGAUGUGAGGACUUGACAGAAACACAAGUAGAAGAGUAAAGUGCAACUAUUUGUUCGGAAGGAUGAAGAAUGUUUAAUCAUGUUUUGUUAUGUUCUGUACUUUUCCGUUUAAUUAUGUUUUGUGGAAUUCUUAGUUCACUCAGCCACGUUAUGCAUUUUGUUAUGCUUCACAGUAGCUCAUAAUGAAAUACAAAAAACAUUUUCUUUAGCUCA